CAUUCCCAUCUAAACAAUUGGAUUAUAGACCUUAGCAGAAACCAAAAUGGCGUCAUAUCUGUCGAUGGACAUUGCCAAAGCUACAACCUUUUUAACCCUUGCUACUAAACGUACCAAUUUCCAUUAUCCUCUUUGUAAACCUAGAUUUUCUUUCUCCCCUUUUCACUAUAAACCCUUAAAGUCUCUAUCUUUUUCUCUUUCCCGUCAUUCUUCUAAAACUUAUAGUUUCAGUCAGAAAACACGCAGAUUUUCUGUCUCUGCUUCUUCUACUGCUGCUACCGAGAGUACUGAUGAUGUUGCCACUAAAAUUCCCCCUGACGAUAGAAUUCCUGCUACUAUUAUUACUGGGUUUUUGGGUUCUGGAAAGACCACAUUGUUGAACCAUAUAUUGACCGCUGAUCACGGGAAGCGUAUUGCAGUUAUCGAGAACGAGUUUGGUGAAGUAGACAUUGAUGGUUCUUUGGUUGCUGCUAAAGCUAUUGGAGCUGAGGACAUUGUUAUGCUCAAUAAUGGAUGCUUAUGCUGCACUGUGAGGGGUGAUCUAGUGAGGAUGAUCGGAGAAUUAGUUAAUAAGAAGAAAGGAAAAUUCGAUCAUAUUGUGAUUGAAACCACAGGCUUGGCAAAUCCUGCCCCUAUCAUUCAGACGUUUUAUGCCGAAGAUGUAAUAUUUAACGACGUGAAGUUAGAUGGUGUUGUCACAUUGGUUGAUGCUAAACAUGUGGGAUUACACUUAGACGAGGUUAAGCCUGAUGGAGUUGUAAAUGAGGCUGUAGAACAAAUUGCUUAUGCUGAUCGUAUAAUAGUGAAUAAGACUGAUCUUGUCGAAGAGCCAGAUAUUAAUUCUUUAACACAACGAAUAAAGAAAAUUAACCGUAUGGCUAAUUUAAGGCGAACACAAUUCGGAAAAGUUGACCUGGAUUAUGUUCUUGGAGUUGGUGGUUUUGACUUGGAAAGGAUAGAGAGUGCAGUUACAGAUGAAAGUUCGAAAGAAGAUCACGAUUGUCAUGAUCAUGAUUGUCAAAAUCCUGAUCACCACCACCAUCAUCAUCAUGAUCAUCACCAUGAACACACAUCUGAACAUGAGCAUGGACAUCAUCACGAUCAUCAUUCACAUGAUCACACUCAUGAUCCGGGGGUUUCUUCAGUCAGCAUUGUUUGUGAAGGGAGUCUUGACCUUGAUAAGGCCAAUAUGUGGUUAGGCACUUUAUUACUUGAACGAAGUGAAGACAUAUAUAGGAUGAAAGGUCUUUUGUCUGUUCAGGGUAUGGAUGAAAGAUUUGUAUUUCAGGGUGUUCAUGACAUAUUUCAGGGUUCACCAGAUCGACCAUGGGGACCGAAUGAGACACGCAUCAACAAAUUAGUAUUCAUCGGAAAGAACUUGGACGCUCACGAACUGGAAAAGGGAUUUAAAGCCUGCUUAUUAUGAUGCAAUCUAUUACUACCUCAAUACUAGUUUUUUUUUUUUUUUUUUUUAUUUGGGAGAAUCAUAAUGAACAA